AUGGCAUCUGUACCGGCGACUCUCAUACGUCUAACGAGUCAACCACACGACGGAGCCCCGUCUGAAACAGACGUAGGAGGGGUACUUGAAAAAGGAGAAGGGGGCAAGGCACAGCCCUGGUCCACACUCGCUACAACAAGGAUCGAGGAGCAGCUGCAAUGCAGACUCUCCCCUCGGCAAUCGAUUGAGCUUCCAGUCGAAUUAUGGUGGAAGGUGAUCGAUUUUGUAGCAGACCAUCUUUCGCAGAGGGUGGAUGGCAGAACCCGGAUGCGAGAGCUGGCGAGGGUGAGUCGGUCGUGGUACACGUGGUGCCGCGUUCGUGCAGAAGAGAGGCUGGAUGUCAUCAACAGGGACAAGAAAGAGGUCUACAGGCUGAUUAGAAGACUGGAUGAUAACCCAGAGCGAUACAACGCCAUCAAGAGAGUCCAGUUCGUGAACAAGAAGAUCAGUAACUUUGGGUCGUUUGUUAUCCAUUUGGUAGGGAAGCUGCAUAAAGUGGAGACACUCGACCUCAAGUCUAGGUGGCGGCCGAGCAGCCCUGCUUUUGGGAGCCUGGGCAGCUGCACCCACGGGCCUUCCUGCAUGUGA